AAAGUCUUCAAGAUCCCAGGUAAGUGUUUUCUCGUGGACACGACGAAGAAGAGCUUUCACACUGCAAACGAUGACUGCAUUGCUAAAGGAGGGAUCACCCAUCAUCCCAUCCUGUCCACGGCCAACGGGAAGUGGCUCGACGAGGAAAAGGCAUCUGUCUGUCAGUUCAACAUCAUCUAA